AUGGCAGAAACAGCAAUCUGGUCGAAACCUUACCUUUGGGCGACAGUCGCCUUUGUCGUACUCGCCGUCUAUCGUCUAUUGCAGGUCGGCAAACGUGACCCUCGAAUGCCGCCGGGUCCGCCCACUGUACCAAUUCUAGGAAACGCUCACCAAAUUCCUCGCACCGGCCUCUACAAACAGUUUCGAGAAUGGGCCAAAGAAUACGGGCCAAUCUUCAGUCUCAAACUUGGCCCUUCGAAUGUCGUUGUUCUGUGUGAUCGAAAAGCGAUUCAUAAGCUUCUAGUUGAGAAAGGCGCAAUAUACUCAGAUCGUCCAGAGACCUACGUUGGCCAACUACUGACCAAAGGCGAUCAUCUGGCAAUCUCGCAGAUGGACCCUCUCUGGAGAGAAAAGAGAAAAGUCAUCGCGCACAACUUUUCGCCGAAGCCGUUGGACGAGAAGCACUUCCGAGUUCAGGAAGCAGAAGCCACAAUCCUGAUGAACAACCUCCUAACAACCCCGGAAGAUUUCUAUAGGCAGAUCAGGAGAUACACAGCGUCUGUGGUGAGCUCAAUCACAUAUGGGUAUCGCGGCGAAACCCCUGACUCAUUCUGGGCUCAAGUAAGUGAUUGGACAGCUGCCAUGGAACCUGGGGCCAACCCUCCGGUGGAUGAAUUCAAGUUUCUUCAAUGGACACCUAUGUCGAUGGCAUUCUGGAAACGUCGGGCCGUUGAAGCCGGCGCUGUGAUGGACCGUGUCUGGGGAGAGGCACGUCGCAGGAUCGACGAGAGACGGGCCAGGGGGGAGCGACGAAAUUGCAUCAUCGACACUCUUCUCGAUGAGUACGACAAGAAAGGAAUGCCAUUCUCGAAGCAUGGGUUCGACAAUCUGAUGGGUGAAUUAGUGGAAGGCGGUGCAGAUACUACGGCGGCUCAGCUUCUCACCUUGAUCCUUGCUUUUGGGCUCUAUCCAGAAGUCCAAGAAAAGGCCCAAAGAGAAAUUGACGCUGUUUGUGGCACCGAGAGAGCUCCUCUAUGGUCCGACUUUGACCAAUUACCGUAUAUCAACUGUAUUGUGAAAGAGGGCAUGAGAUGGCGUCCAGUGUUUGUUUUCACGGCUGACCAAGCAAUAGAUGACGUCUAUGAGGGCAUGUUAAUACCCAAGGAUACAACCGUUUUUCUACCUACUUGGGCCAUCCACCACUCUCCAGACAUUUACCCCGACCCAGAGUCCUUUAACCCAGAUCGAUAUCUCGAUCAUCAUAAACUAGCCAGCGAUUAUGCUGGAAGUCCUGACUGGGCAAAUCGAGAUGAGUUUACACUGAGAACCUACACACAAACUAUAUAG